UCCUUUUCGUCCCUCGUUUUGACGCUUUCCGCACCCUAAGCAAGGCCCUUCAUCCGUUAGGUCAUCCACUUCAUUUCGCAUAUCGGUGCCAUUCGUUCUUUCUACCUGACCCGACUCACAAACGCAAUUCAUUUCCUUUCAUUCGUACUCUUUUGGUCCAGGCAUCCGCUCUCUUUCUUCCCUGGAACCCGACCGCCAGGAAGCUUUCUUUGACAGCAAACAAACGUCCAGCUCGUCUACCGUCUUGUCCGAUAAAGACGUAGCGCCAGGAGGGGGAAAGCCUUCGCCAUUGUGUUUGCCAGCCCUGCGGCUCCGACUAGCCCAUCCGUCUGGGUUGACUUCUGAAGCGCCCUUCGACUCCGAUCAACGGGAGCCGGGAGUGUUAUUUUGCUCUCCAUCGACUUGAACUCAACUUCUCCUUAUCCUCAUCCUUUCGCACGCUACGAAAAGAAAAAAACAGUCGCCAUGUACUCCUCAAGGCUCGUCUCGGUGCUCGUGGUGGUGGUGUCCAUCCUCUGCUUGGUCCAGGCCAACUGGUGGGAUGUUCAAAAGGUUCACCACCGAGGCUUGAUCCGACGAGCGGACCUUUCCGACGUGGUUGGCGACUUGAAAAAAUCGACGAGUGCGGACGACCCGCUGCCGUCCCCUACGCCAGCAUCUGAAACUCCCAGCUCGACGCCCGCUCAGCAGACCACGGCCGACGACUCAUCAUCAAGCACCUCUGCUUCUCCUAGUUCUCCAUCCUCUACCUCGGAGUCGCCGUCUGUGACGCCUACCCCUGGUAGCACUUCUUCGCCAGCGUCCGCCACGGCUGAUCCUACCAGUUCCGCUCCCGAUUCGACGACAUCUGCUGGCCCUACGCCGUCCGCGACAACUCCUCCCGCCACGACCACGUCUAGCAGCGGCGGCAGCGACGACAGCAGCAGCGACCAGAAGACUUCCGCCGGCGGCGAUGCCAAGGGCGGAUCUUCCCCCAGCGAAACACCGUCUGCCGUUGUCUCAACCAAGGUCGAGGUUGUCACCAUGACUAACAGCGAUGGCUCCAAGACAACCCAGACCACCACGACAAAGACGACUCAUACGGCAGCCCUCAACGCGGAUAACCAGAAGCCCACCGGCAUGUCGACCAAGACCCGCAACACCAUCAUCGGUGUCGUCGUCGGUGUUGGCGGUGCCGCUAUUCUCGGUGCCCUCAUCCUGGUUGCCUUCCGAGUCUGGGGUCGCAAGAAGCACGCCGAGGAAGCCGACGGCCUCAUGGCCUACAACUCCGACCUCGUGGCUGGCGCGGAGAAAUCUCCCCGGGGUAGCUCAUCAGGCGCUGGCCAGCGGAAUCCCUUCCAGUCGACGCUGGAGAAUUACCACCAGCCUGUCAACGCAUCGGCCAACUUUUAAAGCUUCUUUGCGGUGAGAACUUUGUCUUUAUUUUUUUUUAUAUAUAAUCGCAGCUAUCGCAGCAUGUCCGACACGAUACACCUCUAAGCGUGGUUUACGAUGUAUGUCGAGAAGAUUCGGCAGGCGAUGCCGCAGACUUUGUAGGAGGGGGAGAGGAACCGGAAGAAGGGGGAAGAAAAGGAUUUUGAGUGAGGCUACUAUACGUUUAUGCGAGACUGGUUUUGCAAA